CAGCACUGGGGCCGAGGAAUGUUCGAGAACAGCGUGUGCGGUGAUGCCAACCAGUCUGCCGGCAUCCACUAUGACAUGCACAACCUCUACGGGUAUCAUCAUUCGAAGACGACUUGGCAGAGCUUGGUAAACCUGACGACGGAGCGAGGAGGAGAGAGACCGAUGAUUCUGAGCCGUGCGACAUUCUCCGGUUCGGGAUCCUUCGGUGGACAUUGGUUCGAAGAGGAGGAAUGCAGCUGGGAAAGUCUGCGAAGGACUAUAGUCAAGGCUGUAAAGUUCUCCAUGCUCGGAAUGCCUUUGGUUGGCGGCUACUGCCACUGGUCUAAUGAGUCAGAAGAUGCCCGUUUAGCGUGGCAUGAAGUGACCGCGCUGCUUCCGUUGUCCAUCCGAAGAAUGACACUCGCGGAGAACCUGGAGGAAGACGAGGUGGCGACAAGACUCUUAAAUGCGUCAGCAGCUGUACUCACUACCAGGAAGCGCUUGUUGCCGUACAUGUACACCGUCUUCUACGAGGCUCACGUGAUUGGUGGUGCCGUUCUGCGAGCACUAUUUUAUGAGUAUCCCACAGACCCUAACACAAUGAACAUCAGCCAUCAGUUUUUGUGGGGCUCUGCUUUACUCGUUUCUCCCAAAAUACAAGAGGACGCACCCGGAGUGGAGGGCUACUUCCCAGCAGGCCAGUGGUGCGACUUCUAUGCGGGCGAAUCAAUCAAUCUACAGCGUGGAGGAGACAUAACACUCAACUCCGAGAACGUCGCCUUGCACGUCAGGGGUGGUUUCAUAAUUCCUUUGCUUCGCCCGGUUGACAACCGCAACAGUUCUGUGAAGGAAUUGGAACUGUUCAUCUCUCCUGACGAGAACGGAGAUGCAUCGGGUUUCCUCUUCUGGGACGACGGCAUCACAUACCAUGCAGACAUGACCAAGGCACCCACCAUGCUCCUCAACUUCACUUUGUUCAAGGAGCAAAACGUUUCUACGUUGGCCAUAUCAGCCGUGAAAAAGAACUCCCAGAGUCAAGACGUGCUGAUGAUACAAUCAGUGACCUUCUGUAAUGCGGCUUCUCCAGUUUCUGUUUUGUUGGAUGGGAAAACAGUCGAGACCUCAACGUAUGACUCGAACCUCAAGGUUCUCAGGAUAGAAUCUUUAUCCUUGGACGCCACGAAUCAUACACUUGUUAUGAAUUUUUAAAGAGACAACCGCACCAGAACACAUAAAAGCAAACGUUAAUACGGCAGGCUUUCGGCGGCGUGUUCAAAAUAUUCAUAAGUUUCUGCUUUGUAAAGCCACCGUCAUUGUAUCAUCUUACGCUCACAAUUUUGAGCUGAAUAAAAAUAUUGCACAAG